UGUGUCUGAAUCAUGUGCUUCAGUCUAGCUUCGGCACAUGACUUUACCGCCUCAAUAACUACCCCUUAUGAAAGGAUUACCCUUUCACCGUCUGGGAACCUACGUCAAAAAACUAAACACUACUGUUAAUUGUACUUCACAGACAAUGCCUGGAUGGAAAGGGAAAAUAAUCAUAGACCAUUUAGAGAUCACUUAACCGGGAACAUAGCUUCCGUAGAAGUCACAUGAUUCCACUCCAAGUUGCAUCACGGAAGCAAGUUGACACACCGAUACAGUAGCGGAGCAGAGAAAUGUUUCAAAACUUUCAUAGUGUCAUAGUUCGCCUUUAAAGCUUUGCUUUUCGAACGUAGAGAUGCUGUAUUUUGACCAUCUGAUUGAUCUGACGCAAGUGACAGAGGGGUAAUAAUGGAGAACUUCUAGGCUACUGCUGGUAAGAUCCCACUAUGAAGUGUCUGCUGAUAGCCAGUGAGAGCGCUGAGGUCCUCUUCUACUGGACCGACCCAGAGUUUGAACAGAACAUCCAGGAGCAGUAUGGAGCUUCCCAGGAAGAGGGGGAGAAGCCCCCAGCGUUUGAGGACUGCAUCAACACCUUGUUUGCCCCCAUCAUCAUCUCCUGCAGCACCAUGGUGGACAGACUGGGAGACGGGUACACAUCCUUCAGCACCGAGAACAACCACAGCUAUGUACUACACCAGUUUGAGGAAUGUCUGUACAUCGCUGUGAAUGGAGAUGGAGAAGAGGGAGAGGAGGACCUGAGGAGGAAGAUCUAUGUGAUGAAGAAGAUGAUUGAGGUUCUUUUUGGCGUGGUCACCCUGAGUAGCCCCCUGCUCAGGAAAGAACUCCGUCCUCAGGACACAGAGCAGAGAACCAGACUGUGGAAACAUCUACAGAGCCUCCUGGAGACUUACAGCCGCCUCAAAGAGCAGGACCAGAGCUUCCUUGUGGAGGCAGUAGAGAGGUUGAUCCAUCCUACUCUAUGUGAACAGUGUAUUGAGUUUCUAGAGCGCUCUUUGGUUCAGCAAAUCAACAGUAGUGUUGAGAGAGCAGGUGAAGAGGUCCUCCACGCAUUCAUACUGGUGCACACCAAACUACUAGCCUUCUAUUCCAGUCGGAACGCCAGUACCCUCACCUCAUCGGAUCUGCUGGCUCUCAUAAUCAUGGUGCAGAAUAUGUAUCCUAGCAACAUCGACCUGGAGGAUUGUGCUCCCGAGGAUGUGGAGAACACUUCAGCCCCUGAUAUUUUCUACACCCCAGAGCCCUCACCUACCAACAGGGACUCAGGGACUGAUGGAGACUCUGUUAGUUCAGGGAGGUAUGAGGAGAGCAGGCCUGAAGAGGGGAGUCACGGUGGGAGGGGCACUCCUAUCUUCCAGUUUGUAGAUCCAGACAUUCAGAUGGCAGAGGACAGUCUCCAGACACUGGAAUGUCCUCCCCAUGACCCCUCAACCCCUAGCAGAGUCUUCUUGGAGGUCAUGUUAAAGGAGGGCUGCUAUCCCAUGAUGCCUCACUCCAUGUACUGUCUGCCACUUUGGCCUGGCAUAACUUUGGUACUGCUCACUAAGAUACCAAAGAGUAACCUGGCCAUGUCAAUCUACGUGUUUCUGGAGGCGUUUGCUAAGUUGGAGAAACGCCUGAGUGAAGGUCUGGAGGGGUCAGCAGCCCGCGGUCAGACCUCCAUACAAGACCUCCGCAACAAACUGGACAAGUUCAUCAGAGCUGUGGGAACCGUUGACAUACAGACGUCGGCUUUACAGAGUGUGUGGACGGAGUUCAAGAGCAGAGCGUUCAUCCGAGGAGGACAUGGCUUCAACAGGGGCCUGGUCCCCUGGUGUCGCGGUAUGAAGACUCAGCUGUGUGGGGUCUACAGGCAGUGUUUCAUGGCGGAGAACGGCGUGGGCGGAGGCGGUCCCCAGCGUCUGUCCCCCAGUCUGCAGGACAGGGCUCUCAUCAUGGUCCAGGAGAAGUUGAUUGACUGGAAAGACUUCCUGUUGGUGAAGAGUAGGAGGAACAUUACCAUGGUGUCAUACCUCGAGGAGUUUCCAGGCCUGAUCCAUUUCAUCUACAUUGACCGCACUGCUGGUCAGAUGAUCGCUCCGUCACUCAACAUCACGGACCGCGCCACCUCGGAGCUAGGGAAAGGCCCAUUGGCUCACUUCAUCAAGGGCAAGAUUUGGGGUCUAGUUAAUACAUCACGGCUUUACCUACAGAAGGGUUAUUCCACUGUCACUCUGAGAGAUGGAGACUACUUCUUCUGUUACUUUCUUUGGUUCGAAAACGAAACGGGCUACAAGUUAGAAGUAAAGGAGCUGCCAAUCCUGCCCGAUGACUCCGCCCCCAUCGGAAUGCUAGCCAUGGACUACUACAGGAAGCUGUUGCGCUACUACAGUAAGAACCACCAGGGGGAGGUGGUGAAGUGUUAUGAGCUGCUGACUGUCCAUCUGGGCGUCAUCCCUGUGGAGUACAUACUGCAGCACUGCAGUCAGCUAGCACGCAAGCUGUGGGAGCCCUCGCGCAUUCCCCUACUGUAGGAAACUACGGGCAACAUACACUUACAGACACACACUCGUACCCUCACGCGUCCGCCCAUGACCGUGUUUCACGGGGCUCCAACGUGUUAAGGCGUCAGUGCCAACAGGUGAGCGUGUGGAGACGAAAUGACACUUGUGCUAUUCUCUUACUUGUACUUUCUUGUAGUACACUCCGUAUCCCAAGAUUCGACACUCCAUAUCCCAAGAUUCGACACUCCAUAUCCCAAGAUUCGACACUCCAUAUCCCAAGAUUCGACACUCCAUAUCCCAAGAUUCGACACUCCAUAUCCCAAGAUUCGACACUCCAUGUCUCAAUAUUUCACACCUCAUAUCCCAAUUUUCGACACUUCAUAUUCCAAUUUUCUACACUCCAUAUCCAAGUGUUUUAAGAUCUCCACCUUUUGGAAGUACUCGAUCAUGGGAUUGAUUUUGAGAACUCGUCAGUACUCUUUAGGACUAGCACUUUUCUGGAGCCUGUCUCAACACGAUUGCUCAAUGAAUUUAUAAUAUCAUGUUUCUGUGUCAUUUUUUUGAAUAGAUUACUAACCUAUUUAUUAUAUUCUACUUGCUACUGAUAUGUUUACUGUUUUAAUUAAUUUCAUGGAUGUUGCAGAAGUAAUAUAAUCAGUUUAUUUUCUACAUUUUUAUAAACAUGUCUAUUACAAUUCACCAUGUGGUAAAUUCAGAGUCAGUUAUUUCCUAUUUUCUUUUCAUGAAUAAUUUCUUUGCAAGCAUUCUCUUUAAGCUUACUUGAAAUGAAAAUACCUGUUAUAGUGAUGACAUGGUAAUCCAAUGAACAUAUUGUACAAGUGCUGAAAUGCUGGCAAAUGGAUCCAUAAAUGAUUGGGGGCAUCA